GAACUGAAGCCUUGAUGCCUCUGUCAGUCAAUAUUAUGACAUAUUCAAGGAUCCCCUACCCUGCCUCGUCCUGCGCGAACCGGUUUGUAAUUAUACGUAUUGAUAAUGUUCGAGAUGCAACCACGUAGAAACCUCCUCCUCAGCCCACCUCUCUCAUCUCUCCCCUGCCUUGCCCACUUCACCUUCGACUUUUCUGCUUUUCUACGUACUCACACUACUACUCGCACUACUUGUACGGCCCGAGCCAUCUCCCUUCCCUGGGCACCUGGGCACUUAGCCUUAGCCAAAGAGGUCCAUGUCUUUCUAGCCCGAGCUUCUUGCUGCUUUUCGCCGCAUUCGCGCUACAUUCUUAUCACCAACCCACACCUCAACAGCAUCUAUCUAUCCAUACAACCCUUCCCAACGACGCUACAGCACUAUCUACUUACCGAACCUACGGAACCUGGUCGCCUCAACACCUGGCUAUCACCCGACGAUCACCAGGUUGUGGUAAACCGAAGACCCGCCAGGGCCGCCCAUCCACGAAGUUCUUUUCACCUUUUUCGGUUUAAACAUCUCCAGUCCACGCAGCUUUUGCCUUGACGCUUCUUUGGUCUCUUCCGCAGCCCUUCUCCCUCAAUGCUGUUCGAUUCGGGUUUGCCUCCUCCGCCCUCCACUUGAGG